AUGAUGGAUAGUCCUUACAAGCCCUCAAUUAAACAUUGUAGUGUUCUUCUAAGAACCAUUGCAGGCAACAUUUCACCAAAUUUGGAUCUUGUUUUUCAGGUAGUAAAUAAAUUUGAAGCCACAGGAAACUCCCUUUCAAAAAGCGUUUAUGAUGCCAGAAGACUAGAAGAUGCAGCCAAGGUGCUCAAUGAAAUGCAAGCAAAUGGUUGCAAUCCUGACAUCAAGACAUGGACGAUUCUAAUCAAGGGACACUAUUCAGCCAAUGAAGUUGACAAAGCUCUGAUCAUUUUCUCCAACAUUAUCGAGAAAGGUUGCAAGGUUGAUGCAGAUCUUUUGGAUGUUUUGGUAAAUGGAUUAUUGAGUCAAAACAAGGCCAUUAAAGCACACCAGGUGCUUGAAAUGACUGAGACAAGAUAG